UCUAAGUCUGCACCCCACUCUGGCCACUGGCCCAUCACCCUCUUCAAUGCCCUUGACCAAAGUUCCUGGAAGCAAAGGAAACAACAUGCCACACAGGGUCUGAGUGAGCAUCUCUGGGGCCACAAAUUAAAUUAAGAUCUCAGGGCUGCCUGCCUUGUUACUGCUAAUGGUUCCUGCCUGUCCAACCUCCCCACCCCUACCCAGGUCCCUGUCCUGUAGAAAUUUGGGGGUUCUGGGUACCCUGUCUUGUUCCCCAACUUUGGCACCUGGGGACCUCACCCCCAAAUUGGAGAUGGGCACACCUCUUAUAGAGCAUCCAAAAGCACAGGUUUCAGGGAGAGAGGCCUGAGCUGUGCCCCCACCCUCUGGGGAGGGCCCCUUAUGUCCUGGUUGCAGGCGGCAGUCACGUGUGGGGCAUUCAUUAGACCCUGCCAUAUAAGUUGAGGGCGCCGGAGUGGCCAGAAACUCUCCAGGCAAGGAUCCAGCAAGCAGAGGUCAUGCUUCCUGCAGUGCUGCUCAGCUGUGCCCUGCUGCUGGCACUGCCCCCCAUGCAGGGGGCCCAGAUGGGCCUGGCCCCCAUGGAAGGCAUCAGAAGGCCUGACCAGGCCCAGUUCCCAGAGCUCCCAGGCCUGGGCCUACAGUCCUCGCUGAAAAGGACAACUGCAGAACAGUCAGAAGAAGCUCGGCUGCAGGAGGCUGAGGCCUUGGCAGAGGUACUUGAUCCGGAGGGCCGCGAGCCACGCUCCCCGCGUCGCUGCGUAAGGCUGCAUGAAUCCUGUCUGGGACACCAGGUACCAUGUUGCGACCCAUGUGCCACGUGCUACUGCCGUUUCUUCAACGCCUUCUGCUACUGCCGCAAGCUGGGUGCUGCCAUGAACCCCUGCAGCCGUACCUAGUGGGCCGACGUCGGGGUCGGG